UAUUCAAGUUUACAGGCUUUAACUAUUAAGUAGGCCUUGGUACAAGAUAGAAGAUAUCUUUGCAUUUCGAUCAACGUAAGAUCAGUUUAGGUUCGUUAUGGCUACCGGAAGAUUAAUUUUGGUUUCGAGGUUUGUGACCUUCGGCAAGAGAAGUUGGCUAAGUAAGCUUUCUUCAUGUCAAUUUUCAACAUCAAGAAGGGUUGAUAGCCGUAUUCACACCAAGUAUGAAGUUAAAAAUGGAAUUGCUGUAGUCAAGCUGGAUUCCCCAAACUCCAAAGUCAAUACACUAAAUGUUGAAACUAUGACUGAGAUUAAAGAGAUCAUGGAUGUCAUUACUAAAGAUGCAAAUAUCCAUGCAACUAUUUUGAUGUCAGGAAAACCAGGUUGUUUUAUUGCAGGUGCUGAUAUCUCAAUGCUUCAGAAAUGUAAAACAGCAGAAGAAGCUUCCAAGUUAUCGAAAGCUUGCCAAGAUCUGCUGCUGGAGGUGGAACACAGUAAAAAACCUGUUGUGGCUGCCAUAAUGGGUUCCUGUUUAGGUGGAGGGCUUGAGGUUGCUAUGGCAUGUCAUUAUCGUAUUGCUGUUACUGAGAGUAAGACGGUUUUGGGAUUACCUGAGGUACUUUUAGGCCUGCUCCCUGGUGGCGGGGGUACUCAGCGCUUUUUGCAGUUAACAUCCCUUCCAGCUACCCUGGAUAUGAUCCUAACUGGGAAAAGUGUUAAGGCAGACAAAGCUAAAAAGUUGGGUCUAGUUGAUCUGACUGUACAACCAUUGGGCCCAGGAUUGGAUAAACCUGACCAGCAAACUUUGCAGCAUUUAGAAAAAGUGGCUGUUCAGACUGCUGAAAAUUUAGCUUCUGGCACAAUAAAGGCCAAGCGCGAAAAGUCAGUCACCGAUCGCAUCUUGGCAGCAGCAUUAAAAUAUAAUUUUGUCAAGGAUUACAUUUUCAACAAAGCCAAAGCGCAGGUGAUGAAGCAAACCAAUGGAUUAUAUCCAGCACCCCUAAAGAUCUUAGAAGUGUUACGAACAACUGUAGAUAAAGGGUUUGAAGCCGGAUAUGUUGCUGAAAAUCAAGGCUUUGGUCAGUUGGCUGUAACUAAGGAAUCGCGUGGUUUAAUUGGUUUGUUUCAAGGCCAAACUGAAUGCAAAAAGAACAGAUUUGGAAAACCAGAACGUUCGGCAAAGACGAUUGGCGUAAUAGGCGCUGGUUUAAUGGGGGCUGGAAUAGCACAGGUUUCGGUUAAAGGAUUUGAAGUUUUGCUUAAAGAUGCGGCUGCAGGUGGUCUAGCACGUGGGCAAAAUCAGGUGUAUGCUGGUUUAGAAAAAUCUAUGAAGCGAAAAAAAUCACUAGGUAAGGAUUUCCUUAGAGCUGGAGCUAGCAUUUUACAUUUAUUUUUUAUUUUCCCUAGUUUUGAACGUGAUCGCAUUGCCUCCAAUUUAGUUGGUACGCUAAACUACGAGCCCUUCAAACAUUGUGACAUGGUAAUCGAAGCUGUGUUUGAAGAUUUAUCCCUUAAACAUCGUAUCGUCAAAGAAGUGGAAGCUAUUAUCCCAGAACAUUGCAUAUUUGCUACAAACACGAGUGCUUUACCAAUUACAAAAAUUGCGGAAGCCAGUAAGAGACCCGAAAAGGUCAUAGGCAUGCAUUAUUUUUCUCCAGUCGAUAAAAUGCAAUUGUUGGAAAUCAUCACUAACCCGAAAACUUCACGUGACACGAUUGCUUCAGCUGUAGAUGUUGGGCUACGACAGGGUAAAGUUGUUAUCACAGUAGGCGAUGGUCCAGGUUUUUAUACUUCGCGCGUUCUCUCCUUUAUGAUGGCUGAGGCAUACAGGCUUCUGUUGGAAGGAGUUGAACCACGAAAGCUUGAUAAACUGGGAAAAAGUUUUGGUUUCCCUGUUGGUCCAGUUACGUUGACGGAUGAAGUUGGUAUUGAUGUCGGUGCCCAUAUUGGAGAAUACUUGACUAAAUGUUUUGGUGAGCGUUUUGCGGGAGCAAAUCCGGAAGUUCUUAAUUCAUUAGUCAAGGCUGGAAUUACUGGUCGGAAGUCCGGAAAAGGCUUUUUUGUGUACGAGAAAGGAUUUAAAGGCGAGAAACCAGUUUGCACCGAGGCUCUUGACGUGCUUAAAAAAUAUUCGUUGGUUCCCAAAGGAUUACAAAGCGAUGAGGAUAUUCAAUUUAGGCUAGCUUCGCGAUUCAUUAAUGAGGCGUUGUUGUGCCUAGAAGAAGGGAUUCUCGCUAAUCCGGCGGAAGGUGAUAUUGGAGCCGUUUUUGGCUUGGGCUUCCCUCCAUUUACUGGUGGACCUUUCCGAUUCGUGGAUGAAUUUGGGGCUGACAAACUAGUUACCAUUAUGAGGAAAUUUGAAGCUGCAUAUGGCAAGUGCUUCACGCCUUGCCAGUUGCUACUGGAUCACAGCAAAAGCAACAAGAAGUUUUACGUCCGUGCUUAGAGAGCUACGCUCAGUCUGUUUUUGGGUACAGCCAAAGUCGCGUAUCCAUUAGAUAGACUUGCACAAUCAAUGCAAUUUAGAAAGGGCCAAUUUGGCUGCUUAACAUGGAAGGGAAUAUUUGUUUGUUUUUGAUUUUUUUUUUUGUAAUUUUUUAAAAAUAGCAAAUGUUGAAUUAAACUUUAUAUUUCAUGGA